UCGUCAGAGGGCACGGUGGGCCGCGGCCGACCCGCGACGAGGAGCCGGGCGAGCGGGAGGCGGCCGGACCCGCCCUGGCAGCCGCGAGCUGUGCGGCCCGGGACCGGCCGGAGGUCGCCAGCGAGCAGCCGCCGGCUCCAUUCAUUCGCGCGGCUCCGCCUCCUUUCCCGGGCUCUUCCAGCGGCUCCCGGGGCGCCUCUGAGAGGAUGGCAUUCCCUGUGGAUAUCCUGGAAAAUUGCAGCCAUGAGGAAUUGGAAAAUUCUGCUGAAGAUUACAUGUCAGAUUUAAGGUGUGGGGACCCUGAAAAUCCAGAGUGUUUUUCUCUUCUCAAUAUUACGAUUCCUAUUAGCCUGUCAAAUGUAGGCUUUGUACCUCUUUAUGGUGGAGAUCAGACCCAGAAAAUUCUUGCUCUCUUUGCACCUGAAGAUUCACUGACAGCUGUGGCACUUUACCUUGCUGAUCAGUGGUGGGCUAUUGAUGAUAUUGUGAAAACAUCUGUUCCUUCAAGAGAGGGGCUUAAGCAGGUGAGCACUCUUGGGGAGAGAGUGGUUCUGUAUGUUCUGAAUCGAAUUAUUUAUAGAAAACAGGAAAUGGAGAGAAAUGAGAUCCCAUUCCUGUGUCAUAGCAGUACUGAUUAUGCUAAGAUUCUGUGGAAGAAAGGAGAGGCCAUUGGGUUUUAUUCAGUUAAGCCUACAGGAAGCAUAUGUGCCUCUUUUCUUACCCAAAGUUACCAAUUGCCAGUUCUUGAUACAAUGUUUCUAAGAAAGAAGUACAGAGGUAAAGAUUUUGGGCUUCACAUGCUGGAGGACUUUGUUGAUUCCUUUACAGAAGAUGCACUUGGCUUGCGGUAUCCACUGUCUUCUCUCAUGUACACAGCUUGCAAGCAAUACUUUGAGAAGUAUCCAGGAGACCAUGAACUCCUUUGGGAAGUUGAAGGUGUUGGACACUGGUACCAGCGAAUACCAGUCACCAGAGCAUUACAAAGAGAAGCACUUAAAAUUCCAGCAGUUUCUCAAAAUGAACCUAAACGACCUGUGUCUGGAGAAUAUGGUCCUGCAUCUGUUCCAGAAUAUGAAGCAAGAACUGAAGACAGUCAGUCUAGUGAGAUGCAGCUAACUAUUGAUUCUCUAAAAGAUGCCUUUGCAAGCACUUCUGAAGGUCAUGAUAAAACAUCUGUUUCCACUCGUACUCGAGGUAGUAAUCUAAAGCGGCCAAAGAUUGGAAAGCGGUUUCAGGAUUCUGAAUUUAGCAGUUCUCAAGGUGAAGAUGAAAAGACCUCCCAGACUUCACUUACAGCUUCAAUAAACAAAUUGGAGUCUACUGCACGCCCAUCAGAGAGCUCAGAAUUCCUGGAAGAAGAACCUGAACAGAGAGGGAUUGAAUUUGAGGAUGAAAGCAGUGAUAAAGAUGCACGGCCAGCACUGGAAACCCAGCCACAGCAAGAGAAGCAAGAUAGUGAAAAGGAAUCUGAAUUAGAGCCUGUGAAUGGUGAGAUAAUGGACGAUUCUCUUAAGACCUCACUUAUAACAGAAGAGGAAGACUCCACUAGUGAAGUUUUAGAUGAAGAAUUAAAAUUGCAGCCUUUUAAUUCCAGUGAAGACUCUACAAAUCUUGUUCCACUGGUGGUAGAAUCUUCAAAACCCCCUGAGGCAGAUGCACCAGAUAAGACCCCACAUAUACCUGACUCAGAAAUGUUGAUGGAUGAAGGCACAUCUGAUGAAAAGGGGCACACGGAAGAGAAACUGUCCCUACUUCCAAGAAAGAAAGCACAUCUUGGGAGUUCAGACAAUGUUGCUACUAUGUCAAAUGAAGAACGAUCUGAUGGUGGUUUUCCAAACUCUGUGAUAGCUGAAUUUUCUGAAGAACCGGUCUCUGAGAAUUUAUCUCCCAAUACUACUUCCUCAUUGGAAGACCAGGGUGAGGAGGGGGUAUCUGAGCCCCAGGAAACAUCUACUGCUCUUCCCCAGAGUUCUUUGAUAGAGGUUGAACUUGAAGAUGUGCCAUUUUCACAGAAUGCAGGACAGAAGAAUCAGUCAGAGGAGCAGUCUGAAGCAUCUUCUGAGCAAUUGGAUCAGUUUACACAAUCGGCAGAAAAAGCUGUGGAUAGCAGCUCAGAGGAAAUAGAAGUGGAAGUGCCUGUGGUAGACAGGCGGAAUUUAAGAAGAAAGGCCAAAGGGCAUAAAGGACCUGCUAAGAAGAAAGCUAAGCUGACCUGAAGGAAGAAGAAAAGUGGAUGGCAAAUCCUCUUCUUUGUAACAUAGUUGUUGUUUUUAAAAUAUGGUAAUUAAUAAACAGCAUGGGGCACAGGACAAAAAUUUCCAAAAUUUCAAUUUGAACUUAUUUACUAUGCAGUUUUUCGCUUCCCUUUAGAACGUAGAAUUCACCAUUCUUUUUAAUUUUUCAGGCUAUUUUUGGUAAAUGCAAUUUUUUAUUUUUAUUAACCAUGUUUCAAUUUUGGGAAACCAGAUCAUAUUAUAUUUUCUUUAUCAGGUGGUACAUCUGACCAUGAUUUCGAAAAUAAAAAACUGUGAAAGUAGUAGGAUUUCCAUUACUUAUAAGGAUCACAGAAAUCUUUUAUACUAAGGGUUUUAAUAGUAAAACUUGGUGAGGGUUCUAGAAGUUUUAAAUUUCAAAACUAAUCACCAAUUUUUUAAAAUGUAGGCAUGCCUAAACAAAAAUGUGUCAAUAAAUUAGAAAAAAAUAUAACUUCAAGUAAAUGAGAGCACAAAAACAGAAACUUACGGUCAAAGGUUCAUGAAGAUAUUUUGGUUUUGGCCUCUUAAUCCUAGAUAUAGAUGCAGUUUUUUCCUUUGACUUCACUAUCUAUGGAAAAUCUGUUUCUGAUGAAAAACAGAUUUCACAUAAAAUCUGUUUCUGAUGCAUUCUAUCAUCUGAUGUUAACAGUACUGUCAGGGAUUUAACUGUGGCAUGUGGGGACUAAUUAUUUAAAAUUUCAUUUGAAGUAUUAGUUUGCUGUAAUUUUUUUUGUCUGCAUAUGUGCAGACACCUAGAAGUUUAAUCAGGUAAAAAUCACAACUAUACUUUAGAGACAUAGUUUAAUUUGGACUUCUGGUCCCGAUCAGAUAGAUAAUUAAGCUGGAGAUUUUACUUUUAUCCCAACCCAGUUAACAUCUGUAUUUCAGAAGUAUGUGGCUCCUUCCUAAGGCAUCUCCUUAAAUCUUGCCACCUCCCUAAUUCUACAGUCUUAUUUAUAUUCCCUCACAGCUUUCAUCUACUUCUCUAACUCAUGGAGUGAUUCUCCAAUCAACAGAUCUUCCUGCCGGCUUAUGCCCUUGAUGUCCAUUUUUGGGUAGGUUUGGAGAUGCACCCCACAAUGUUAGACCUAUAUAGCAGGGGUAAAACUGCCUUUGGGGGAACUAUGGUUACAAGGGCUUCAAUCAUAUUGGAGGCUUCAGUCAUCCUUUGAUUUGUACUGUGAGUACUGGUUGCAAGCUGGCCUGUUAAGUGUAUAUUGUGUUGCCAUAGCAAAGGCCUAGGAAAAUUUGAAGAAAAAAAUGCUGAACUGUUAAUUUUUGUAAUUUAUUUAAAAAUGGACAAAAUGGUUAUUAGAAUCCAAAGAUAAUCUAAAAAAAAAACUCUUUGGAAAUAUUAUGUGUACUCAAAUUUGCACUUAAGUUGGAGAAUGUUUUGAGACCAUUUAGAUUGUUUUAAAAAUAGCUUGAUCUUGAUCCUUAUGCAAAAGAAACAUUAAGACUUUGUGUCAUUAUUUGAGGUAGCCAAGGAUUGAUGUUGAAAGUUUAUUCAGUCUAUAGUAAGCUGAUGUCAGGUCAAUAAAUUUUGUUUGGGGAUGUUGGUAUUUUCGAUCUAAUUAGUUAAGUUAAAAUCUUUAAGCAGACAAAAAUAGUAAACCCUCCUAUUUGUGUUAGAUUUUGAACACUUGUAUUACCCUGUAUUUUCUUUAAUUAGUCAGAGAUAAGCCAGAUUAUUUCACUCUAAAUGAAAAAGCACUUUGGCCAUUUAUUUUUUCAACAAAUGCUAAUACUAAGUAAAAAAAAAAAAAAAGUAUGACUAUUAGUGAAUCUACCAAACAUUUACGCUGUUUUAUACAUUUUAUGAGAAACUUGUCAAUAUCACAAAGGGAAAUAUUCUGUUAAGAUUCAGUAAAUUCUUAACCUUUUCAUUUCUCAUUUCUUAGAUUUGAAAACAACACUUGUAGAUAUUUUAUUUUUACUUGGGUUUGUUUAAAAUACUUUCUUUUCAAAUUAUUUUAAACAUGGAACGCUUCAUGAAUUUGUGUCAUCCUUGCACAGGGGCCAUGCUAAUUUUCCCUGUAUUGUUCUAAUUUUAAUAUAUGUGCUGCCGAAGUGAUCACUAAAAGACUUUCUUUAGACAAGUGUAGUUUUUUAAAGAUUGAGCUCACUGGCUCAAUUCUUGAUGUGUGAAUAUAGUUGAGUUUACAAAAAAUGUUUAAUCAUAUAUGACCACUGGGGGCUAACAGUAUAAACUUAUUCUUGUUAAACUUGUUUGGGUUAAUAGUAAGUGAAUUGUAAACAAUUUAAAGUUUUUUGUUCAGCACAGAAGAACACUUCUGUUACGGAUUAUCUCUGACAGAAAUUGUUACUUUGGGGUUUACAGAGGGAAAAGUUAGAUCACUUGGAAAAACCUAACUCUCAUGUUCAGUAACUUGAGUAUAGAAUUUAUACCACAAUUUAUCUUCAAUAAGGAACCUACAUGAACUUAAUCAGUUAUCUGUAGUUUUUGCAAGGCAUUAGAAAAAAUUUCACAAUUACAGAGGACUGAAAAUGUGAUUUCAACCAGCUAGUCUAGUUGUUGAAUGUCCGGUCACAUUAUACAUAGUCCUUUGUGAACUUAUUUGUUUGUGAAGGGAGUUAACUUUUUGUGUACAUACGUGUAUAUUUCCUUGUGUAAUAUAAAGCAGAUGGUUAUUAGCAGUAUUUUAGUUCUUUCAAGUUUAAAUUAUUCAAUUGCUAGACAUCACAGAAAUUAGUAUAUUUAAGAAUUUAUUAUAAAGCUCCUCUACAACUUUUAAAGGUGAGAGGGUCUAUUAUGAUUUUUUAUAAAAUCAAACAGCAUGAUUUAGAACGUCAGUCUUCUACUUAAAAUGUGUCUAUAUUCAUGGUAUUCCCAUUCAGUGUAGAUGGUAAGGAAAACAUCUAGUCAUUAAAGAUUUACUUUUAGCAGAUUCCAGAACACUACCUACAAUGGGGUUUCAGUGACUAGAAAUCUUGAAGGUUUAUGACUGCAUCAAAUUGAGCUUGUACUAAUAUCUAAAUAUCUGCUCUUAUGGUCUGCUUUAUCCCUUGGGAUUACCUUCUAAGGUUUGGUCACACCAGCAAACUGAAACAGAUCUUAAUGUAAAUAAAGAAUUUAUACUAAUAUUACUCAUCUGUGUUACAGUAUUUUGAAAAAUGUUUCAGGUGUCAUCUAGUCUUUCAUGGGUGUGAUUAGUUACAAAUGUUAUGCUUAUGUUUUCAUACUUAAUAUCAAGCUUUCUUUGUACCUUACAAGAUAGUAUUUUUGGUUCUAAAAAAACAAGCAAACUUCAUUUUUGUAGUAUCCAGAAAUUACCUGGAGUCAAUAUUUUUAUUCGCCUUCUAGAACUUGUUAUCCACACAUCACCCAUUUAUAUUAGUGGCAAAAUUAUCUGCUAAAAUCUAAUUGUAAGAAAGGCUUACCUUCUGUCAUCAAGUGAUUGUAUCAUCCUGGAUCGUCAUUUCCAAGGAACUAGCCUUUCUUUUCCUAAGUGUCUGUAUGUGUUCUAAAACUUCUAGUAUAUUUAUAAAACUUAGAAAAAAUGUUACAUUAUUAAGAGUAGCAAGUCUUACUGGAGUACUUAUGUUUGUUUUCUUGGUUUUUUUUUUUUUUUUUUUUAAGUUUAAAAGUAGUAAUUAAACCUAUAUUUUGUGAUUGUUU